UUUUUGUGUUAGGCCAUAGAUGAAGUAAACUGAUUCCAGGCAAAACAUGGCCAUCUACAGCUGUAGCAUAUUCCUUGCAGUAGCUAGGACUAGGGGAUCAUGUCUGCUUGUACACUCCUGUUGCUCCCUGUUCUCCUCAUCAGCCGCAUUUGCUCAGCUGGUGGAUUUCCACCAUAACGGAACUUUCCCGAAGGACUCUGAAAGCCAUCAGCUCCUCUCCAGUUCACAGCGGGGAAAUGGAUGGCCUCACUUGCUAAUUAGGCCCACACGGCGGAUGUUUCACACGUCAGCUUAUUGGCAUCAGGACAAACCUCGCCCUGAGCCAAGUACUGUAAAAACAGACCAUAGUGUGGCCAGUGCUCCAGACAAAGCCACAGAGACUGUCAGGAGAUCGCUGUGGCAGAGGAUUGUAGAUGAACUGAGGCACUAUUACAAUGGAUUCCACUUGCUUUGGAUUGACACAAAAGUAGCUGCUCGGAUGGUCUGGAGACUGUUACACGGGCAGGUCCUCACCAGGCGGGAGAGACGAAGGCUGAUGAGAACAUCAGCCGAUCUUUUCCGGUUGGUUCCUUUCUUGGUGUUCAUCAUAGUACCCUUCAUGGAAUUCCUGUUACCUGUAUUUCUUAAACUCUUUCCUGAGAUGUUGCCUUCAACCUUUGAAACUGAAUCUAAAAAGGAAGAAAAGCAGAGGAAGAAACUGAGUGCCAAGUUGGAGCUAGCCAAAUUCUUGCAGGAGACUAUCGCAGAGUUGGCCAGAAGAAACAAAGCCAGUACAGGAGAAGCCACACAGUUGUUCUCUUCCUAUGUUCAGAAGGUUCGACAUAGCGGUCAACAACCCAGCACCCAAGAAAUUGUGCAGUUUUCCAAACUGUUUGAGGAUGAGCUGACCCUGGAACACUUGGAGCGGUCACAGCUGGUCAUCCUCUGCAAACUGCUCGAGUUGCAGCCCAUUGGCACCAACAAUCUCCUCCGCUUCCAGCUUUUGAUGAAGCUUAGAUCUAUCAAAGCUGAUGAUGAGAUGAUAGCCAAGGAAGGUGUUAAUGGCUUGAGCGUGUCUGAGCUGCAAAGUGCGUGCAGAGCAAGAGGAAUGAGGUCGUUGGGCCUUACAGAGGACCAGCUCAAAGAGCAAUUGAAUCAGUGGCUGGAUCUGAAUCUCAAAGAGAAAGUUCCUCCUUCUUUGCUGCUGCUUUCUCGUGCCUUAUAUUUGACAGAUGUGAACCCCAAACCGAUGGUGGUGAAUACAACUGAGCCUCUGAAAAGCGAGGAUGCAGAAUUAGAUGAUGAUGAGACCUUGUUGGAUUCUGCCCCCAACGUGCAGGAAAGGAAGAAUGAAGAAUUCAUAUUGCAGCCAAAAGACAAAUUAUCAGUUCCUGAAAUCUCAGUCAAGCCUCCUGUGGGAGAGACUAAAAUAGAAGCCCCUCGGAGCAGCAAAGCCAGUGCCAAUGGAGUCUAACUGCUUUCCCAUUAAAGCGCUGGAUCCUCAGGGAAAAAAAAAAGCACCACCCUUGCAAUUUGCAAACACAUCGGCAGCUUUCAUCGACCGGCUCCUUCCCAAACACAGCCCCGUGACCCGGUGUUCUGGAUUUGAUUACUGUGUUUCAAAGCCAGGUGAAAAAGCACUUUGCAUCUAGGGCCAAGACUUACAUUGACAAUACAUCCGCGUAACUUAUUUUUGUAAAUAUGUACAUAAUCCACAGACGAGACCAGCUGUAACUUAACGCAGAGCUGUUUACCAUGAAGGUUUCUAUUCCUUAAAACUUUGUGAUGUAUUUUAAUUUUGUAAGAAAGACCUCCUUGCCACCCUGAGCCUUUUUCUACGAGAAAGUUGGGCUUCCCUCCCCUCAGCAGACUUGAACUUUAAAUUGUUUUAUGGCCAGUUCUUAAAAAGUAGGUCCUAGAGGAGGACCUUGCAAAUGAAGCUGCAUAAAAUUCAGCCACAUUUCUCAAAGUCAAGUGGGAUAAAUAGAGUAUGGAUAGCAUACUUUCCUUUUAGUAUGCAAAUAAAAUGGAAACCCAUGCAUUUUCCAGCUGGCUUCCUUCUGUUGCAUGUAUACAGCCAUACUGCCUUUCCCUUGUUUUUACUGAUUAGUGAAAAGAUGCACACUCCAGUGACUUUUCAAUUGUUUCAAAAGGAGCAAAUGCUAUGCUAAACACACAGAACUGGACCAUAAAUCUAUUUAAAUAGAGUAAGGAUCAAUUGAAGUAUGGAUUAAGUUGUAUAUAACUAGCUCAGGCAGACACUAUCAAUUGUAAUUUUAUUUUCUUUGUUAAUUAAAUUGUGGGUGUUGAAUUAA